AUGGUAUUUUAUUUCGUUCUAGGAGAAGCUCCUGCUACAGAGAACCAUUUUGUGGUCGAUAUUACCGAUAAAAUCAAAACUAUUUCGCAUCUCCAACAAGCUAUUAAGGACGUGAAGCAACCUCACUUGGACGAUUUCUCUCUGAAUGAUCUUAAAUUGUGGAAAGUCUAUAUUCCUAUUAUUGCAGAAGAAUGGGCAGUCGUUGAUAUUCGAAACAGUAAAAUGGGACCCCCAGAUCAAUAUGGUAAAGAUGAUAUUUAUGCUCUUUGUGAUGAAAAUUUCGAAUCUAUUCAUUUAAUCUAUCCUGAUAGAACUGAACAAGUUGUUAAAUUUCUUGGUGAAGAAUGUAUUGAAAACUCACUUGGAAUUGAUAUCUCUGAAUUUUUAAGUUAUGAGGGAAUGGAAAUUGAUUAA